AGCUCUGGAGACUGCUGUGAUUGCAGCCUAAGCUGUUAUGGCUACAGGUGGCUCCCAUAAGAGUGUUGGUGCAGCAGAGCCAUAAAUGCAUCCAUUGAAGGAAAUGCAGUGUGCUGUCUGAGAGCAGCUGCUUCUGCUGCCCAGAGAGCUCUGCUAACACCAGGGGAUGAUGAACCCAGUGACAAUAGAAACCCAAGGAUGAUAGAAACCCAGAAAUGAUGUACCUAGGGAUGACAAACCUGCCUGGCAGCAGGGAGGACCGUUUACUGGCAGCAUUCUCUAAAGCACGCGAUAAGAUAAGGCGCUUUUCUCCAGCUCCCUGAACUAUGCCCCACCGUCUGUGCUCAGUAUUUGCACAUUAAAGACAGAGGAGCAGAGAAAAGGCAUGUGAUAAUUGCAAAAUGACAGAGUUUUUCCUCAAGCUGCUGGGCGGAGGAGGAAGCAGUGAAGGAGUGUGGCCCAAAGCGCUGGUGCCCUCCCUCCAGCACGGUGUAUUUAAACUGCAGGAGGCCGUGCCCUGCUCAGCCUGCAGCUGCAGGACAGGCAGUGUGGAAAGAUGAGCCGGUUCCCAGUGGAUGUGAAGGCUGUAGGCUUGAUGCAAUGCAGAAAGCAAAAGAAGUAUAUGAUGUUCGUGUCCUGGUCAGAUCAAAACAACAUUCUCAUCUACCGGACACUUGAAGAAUUUAAGAGAUUGCAUAAAGAACUGAAGAGAAAAUUCCCCAUUGAGAGUGGAUCGCUCAGGAGAUCCGACCGGACCAUUCCCAGGUUUAAAGAUAUAAAUGGGAAACAGAGGAAGAGCGGGAAGAUAAACAGGUCCCUGGAGCGACUGAAAUUGCUGGAAACGUACUCGCAGGAACUGCUGAAAGUGGAUGCUAAAAUCUCCCAGGGCGAAGAUGUGAUUCAGUUUUUCAAGGCACAAACUCAAGAUCUCGAUCCCUGCUUUCCUGAAGACAGUGUUGUAAUCAUGCCAUCAGAAAUUGGAGGGGAAAAGAAGAAAGAGGUGCAGCAGCAGCAGCCUCUCUCCAUUACGUAUCCCCAGGUGUCUCAGAGCUACCGCUGCAUUGAAACCUUUGAAACCAAAGACACAAAGAACAAGACUUUCAAAGUCGCUAAGAAGGAAAUUGUUGAAGUGUUACUGAAGGACAUGACUGGAUGGUGGCUUGUGGAAAAUGCAGACAAGCAGAUAGCCUGGUUCCCAGCCUCGUACCUGGAACAGAUCAGUGUUCACAAGGACAUCCAGGAUGUCGGAAGCUCAGAUGAGGAGGGCAGCCUGUACUUUGUCAUGCGGGCCUACGAGUCGCAGAAAGCAGAUGAGCUCUCUCUGAACAAAGGCGUGGUGGUGGAGGUGGUCAGGAGAUCCGACAACGGCUGGUGGCUCAUCCGUUACAAUGGGCGCACAGGCUACAUGCCCUCCAUGUGCCUCCAGGCCUACAAGAACCCCCACCACAGGCUGCAGACCAUCAUGGGCAGUGGGCUCCACAUCUCCACACCCAACCUUUGCUCCUCCUUUCCGGCUCCCCAACCCCUGCAAGACAGCACAGCGCGGGAUCGCACCUCAGGGAACGGCAGCGAUGAAGAUGUGAGCUCCGUGAGGAACAGAUCACAAUCUCUGCCCAGGGUCGUCUCCACUCCAGACCUGGAGUCUGAGAGCUCCUCGCUCAGCUCAGGCAGUGAGCCCAGCAGCGUGCUGAGCUGGAAGCCGGACUUGUCCAGGUCUCUGCCUGAAGUGGAGCAGGCAGCGAGCCCAGUCCUUGGACAAACCUCAGCCACGCACAGCAGCAAAUCUCCACGUCUCACCUACAAGGACAGGAACGACUCAGGCUUUGUGGAGCCAUCUGCUGCUGACCUGAACUCCCUUGCUGACUCAGAAAUGCCCACCGGUGCCCCCAAGGUGCCCACGCGUCCCUCGGCCCAUGAGAUCCUACAGAGAUGCAGCACAGUCACCAAGCGGGCCCUGCAGCAGUCAGCUGCCUGCCCACCCCUCCAUGCCCUGCAUCCCCUGCCCAGUGCUCACUAGGGCCCCUGCCUCACCCUGCAGGGACUGCUGCUUUCAAAGCUUGACAUGGUUUUGCUGGGUUAAUGCUGUAGGAUGCACACCAUGGCCAGGGAGCUUUAACCAGGGCACACCACUGUUACUAACAGAGCCGCAGUAGGAUCCAGCAGCUUCUGUUUAACAUAGGUCAAUUAGGGCUCAGUACCCUCCCUUGGACACAUAUUUAUCCUGCAACACCAUUUAUCAAAAUGUCACAAUUUUCUUGCAUGAAUUCUCACACUGUGGCUACCUGACAAUGCUGGAGAACAGAGGUGUGAACACCUAUAGCUACAGACACGUGAACAGCAUUUAUCUGAAUCCCUGGAAUAGAUAAAAGUUCUAUUUUUUUUUUUUUUUACUUUAAGGUUACAUGAACUCAGGUAGCAGAAAACUGGCCAGGCAAAAGUAUGUGUGAAUUGACUGGACCCUCUGAAUGGCUGAGGACAAAAAACAUUGGUAGUACCUAGGAAUUUCAUCUCUUACCUUCCCUUAAUGACAUUCUGCAGGCAUAGAGAUAAAAAUGCCUGUAGUACAGUUUGUUUGCUGGCUGGGUAGGGUGGCCAAGGCCAGAGCUCACAGUUACGAGCAAAACUUAAAAGAGGGGAUCUGAUAGUUACUGAAAUUUACAGUACUUCCUAUACUAAAUUCAUCUGCUAAAACUGAGUUAGAAAAAAGUGAUAGGAAAACCUAGGACUUUAUAUAGAUUGCUACCUUUAAUUUUAGUUAGCUUUCCAUGUAUGUCUGUCUUUUAUUUUUAAUCAGGCAGUUUUGCCAACUUGCAAGGUGUUUGUAUUGUUCUAAGUUUUAUAUACUUGUCUCUGAAAUAAAACACAUAAAAAUAUCUAAAAGGACUGUGUAGUUUCUGUACUCCAAAUACUUGCUUGUUGGAGAAUUAAAAUCACAUCCAUGUGCCUGUCAAGUGCUGCAUUUGGGGCAGGAAAGGUGACAGACCUGCUUUAGUCCAGCCUACAUUUUGCCCAGGUACACAGAAUAUUCAGUGCUUAGACAACACUGAUCAAUGCACACCUCCUAGCUAAACUUCAGGAUAUAUAUAAUGUGACCAGUAGUAUCUCCCAACUCCAUAGCCUUUACAAUCACUGUAAAGACAGCUCGCUCACAGCCAGAUUCUGCCUUUCCUCCAAACUGAGCACUCCUACUGCCCAGGCCUCAAAAUCCAGGCUGUGAAAAUACAAAGGGAAGCCACAACUUGCCC